GUUUGAGAUGCCCUAUAACAUCUGGUGCGAUGGCUGCAAGAACCACAUCGGCAUGGGUGUUCGUUACAAUGCAGAAAAGAAGAAGGUUGGCAAUUAUUACACAACGCCCAUCUACAGGUUCCGGAUGAAAUGCCACCUGUGUGUCAACUACAUCGAGAUGCAGACGGACCCCGCCAACUGCGACUACGUGAUUGUGAGUGGCGCCCAGCGCAAGGAGGAGCGCUGGGACAUGGAGGACAACGAGCAGGUGCUGACGACAGAGCAUGAGAAGAAGCAGAAGCUGGAGACGGACGCCAUGUUUCGCCUGGAGCACGGCGAGGCCGACCGGAGCACGCUCAAGAAGGCCCUCCCCACCCUGAGCCACAUCCAGGAGGCCCAGAGCGCCUGGAAGGAUGACUUCGCUCUCAACAGCAUGCUGCGGAAAAGGUUCCGGGAGAAGAAAAAAGCCAUGCAGGAGGAGGAGGAGAGGGACCAGGCGUUGCAGGCUAAGGCGAGCCUGGCCAUCCCGCUGGUGCCCGAGACGGAGGAUGACCGCAAGCUGGCCGCCCUGCUCAAGUUCCACACCCUGGACUCCUACGAGGACAAGCAGAAACUCAAGCGGACGGAGAUCAUCAGCCGCUCCUGGUUCUCCUCCACCCCGGGACCCCGCACCGGCAGCAGCAAAGCCGGCAGCGUCCUGAAGAAGCUGGCCCAGAACCGCAGAUGCGCACCCGUCGGCUCCCCCAUCACCAUAGAGGACCUGGGCAUCGUGCGGCGGCGGUCCCGAGAGGCCUUGGAGAACCUCCGGCUCGCCGCGGAGACCCCCAAGCCUGGGGAGCCAUGGGUGCCAGAGGGGAACACCCAGGACAGGCCCGCAUCCCCCCCAGACUGC